AUGGCUAACUUGCCGUCGUUCCAAGUCCCCAUGCUCAAUAAGAGCAGUUUCGAUAAUUGGAGUAUUAAGAUGAAAGCGUUAUUGGGAGCCCAUGACGUUUGGGAGAUCGUGGAGAGUGGCUAUGAGGAGCCACAAGAUGAGACCGCUCUAUCCCAACAACAAAGGGAUAGAUUGCGAGAUGCGAGAAAGAGAGACAAGAAGGCUCUCUAUCUCAUCUACCAAGCUCUAGGGGACGACGAUUUCGAGAAGAUCUCGAGUGCAAGCACCGCCAAAGAAGCGUGGAAGAAGCUCCAAAUCUCGUGUAUUGGAGCGGAUCGAGUAAAGAAGGUACGUCUCCAAACUUUAAGAGGAGAAUUUGAAUCUUUGCAUAUGAAAGAGUCCGAAUCAAUUUCAGAUUACUUUUCAAGAGUCUUGGCGGUGUCAAAUCAAAUGAAAAGAAAUGGUGAAAAAUUGGAGGAUGUUAGAAUUAUGGAAAAAAUAUUGCGUUCUCUAACUCCCAAUUUUGAGCAUAUAGUAGUUACAAUUGAGGAAACAAAAAAUUUAGAGGAAAUUAGUAUCGAUCACCUAUUGGGAUCGCUACAAGCAUAUGAGGAGAAACAAAAGAAGAAACAGGAAAUUGUGGAGCAACUUUUAAAGUUGCAAGUGAGCCCAAAGGAGAAAGAAGAAAGUUCGGGCAAUGGUGGUGGUCGACAAGGAAGAGGUCGCAGACAAAGACAAGAUCGUGGUCGUGGCCGGGGAUAUGCUCGUGGACGUGGCCGAGGAUAUUUUCCGAACAAUGAAGAAAGAAAGGAGUUCCCAAAUAGGGGACGAGGAAGGAGUUCCCCACAGUCGAGGUACGAUAAAUCUUCAAUAAAGUGUUACAAUUGUCAUAGAUAUGGGCACUAUGCUUCCGAGUGCAGAGAUGCAAAAUCAAAAGUUGAAGAGAAGGCUAAUUACGUGGAGAAUACGAAUGAAGAAAAUGGUUGUGUCCUUCUAGCUUAUAAAGGAGAAGCUGGGAGAAAAGAUGAUACGUGGUACCUCGACACAGGAGCGAGCAAUCAUAUGUGCGGGAACAGAAGCAUGUUCGUGGAGCUUGAUGAAUCAGUAAGUGGUAACGUCUCCUUUGGUGAUGAAUCUAAAAUUCCAGUUAAAGGGAAAGGCAAGAUACUAAUUCGUUUGAAGAAUGGAGCUCAUGAUUUUAUUUCUAACCAUGCUACAAAGAUAAGUCUUGGUUGUGGCAUCUUCGAUUUGGGCACCUGA